GAGUGGGUUUACCAUCCCUGUCCAAGGUGUGACAUUAAUCCCAAAAUCGGGAAAGCAACGGUGAUGGCAAGAGGCAGAAUGAGAAACCUCCUGUCCUUUGUCUCCUUGGUCCUGCUCUGCUGUUGCUGGACUGCACAGGCAGACAUCUUCUCCUCUAUAGGCCAGAUGACAGACCUGAUCUUCACAGAGAAGGAACUUGUCCAGUCCCUGAAGGAGUACAUUAAAGCAGAAGAGACCAAACUAAGUGCUGUCAAAAGCUGGGCCAACAAAUUGGACGUCCUGACCACAGUGUCGACCUCUGACCCUGAAGGCUACUUGGCCCACCCCGUCAAUGCUUACAAGUUGAUGAAGAGACUCAACACAGAAUGGGUCGAACUGGAGAGCCUGGUGCUUCAGGACCCCGCUGACGGCUUUAUCUCCAACAUGUCGGUACACAGACAGUUCUUCCCAGAUGAGGAAGAUGAGAAAGGUGCAGCCAAGGCACUGAUGCGUCUGCAAGACACGUACCGACUGGACUCUGAGAGUUUCUCCAAGGGUAAACUGCCAGGUGUCCACUCCAACGCAUUGCUAACUGUCGAUGACUGCUAUGACAUGGGGAAGACGGCUUACGUCGAGGCUGACUACUACCAUGCUGUGCUGUGGAUGCAGCAGGCCCUCAGACAGCUGGAUGCUGGGGAGGAGGCUGUGGUCUCCAAAGCUGACGUUUUGGACUACCUCAGCUACUCCGUCUACCAGAUGGGAGACCUACCUCGAGCCAUCGAACUGACUCGCCGCCUGGUGGCUAUUGACUUUAACCACGAGAGGGCAGGAGGGAACCUGCGCUACUUUGAGCGGCUGUUGUCCAAGCAGCUGAUGGAGUUGAAGCAGGAAUACCAGCCAGCUUCUGAAGAGCCCAUCCAGCUGGGCACUUACCCCCGUCCCAAAGACCACCUGCCUGAGAGGGAGACUUAUGAGGCCCUCUGCAGAGGGGAAGGAGUCAAAAUGACCAAUGCCAGGCAAAGCCGUCUGUUCUGUCGCUACCAGGAUGGCAGCCGCAACCCCCGUCUCCUGCUGAAGCCUGCGAAGGAGGAGGAUGAGUGGGACAGCCCCAAAAUUGUACGCUACCUGGACGUCCUGUCCCACGAUGAGAUUGAGAAAAUCAAGGAGCUGGCAAAACCCCGACUUGCCAGAGCCACUGUGCGAGACCCCAAAACAGGUGUUCUGACCACAGCUAACUACAGAGUAUCAAAAAGUGCAUGGCUUGAAGCGGAAGAUGAUCCAGUCAUCGCCAGAGUAAACCAGAGGAUAGAGGACAUUACAGCACUCACGGUAGAGACUGCUGAAUUACUUCAGGUUGCUAACUAUGGAGUCGGAGGACAGUAUGAACCACACUAUGACUUCUCCAGGAAAGAUGAGCCUGAUGCUUUCAAAAGAUUAGGCACUGGAAAUCGUGUGGCCACUUAUUUGAACUACAUGAGUGAUGUCGAGGCAGGAGGAGCAACAGUUUUCCCAGACUUUGGAGCAGCAAUCUGGCCCAGAAAGGGGACUGCAGUAUUCUGGUAUAAUCUGUUUAAGAAUGGUGAGGGAGACUACAGAACCAGACACGCAGCCUGUCCAGUACUUGUGGGAAGUAAAUGGGUGUCGAACAAGUGGAUUCACGAGCGAGGACAGGAGUUCAGGAGGCCCUGCGGUCUUACUGAAGUGGACUGAAGUUGGCCUAAUACUUCUUGAAUACAGACACACAAACACCAAACACCAGGAGUGCCUUAAUUUCCCAAACAUACAUUAUUCACCGAAGUCUGAUGAUGGAAAAUUUUCUUGGAAAGGGACAUGAGAGUAAGAUGUAGCUUGUUCUAUGUAAGACAAUGAUGUAGAUGUAUAGGGUACUGCUGUACCUUGGCUUUGGUAAAUAUACAAAUAUGAUUGGCUGGAAAAAAAAUUGCUUUGUUUUGUCCUAUUGUUUUUUCCUAGGUUUUUUUUUUUUUUUGAGGGGACAGACCUCAAGGAGAAAAGAGAGAAAUUCUCACCCCCAGGUCCCUCACUCCCUCCCUUGCCACAUGCAUAUUUUCCCUGCAAAUUUGAUUAAAUAUAAUAAAUUAGGUUUGAAAUGAAUGAAACUAAAUGAAUCUUCCCUGACAUACAACAAAUUUAAAGUCAAAAUGAUGUCAGUGUGAUCUGCUGAUUUUAGUUUUCCAUUCACAAAGACAAAGUCACAUGCACUCAUGCAUACCCAGGCACACAUUUUAAGUGUUUUUGUUGGAAUGUCGAUCGUUGAGAAGUCAUUCAGGUUUGAUUUGUUGGUUAUAUCGAGCACAGUUUCCGUCACACACCCAGGAUAAUUGCUUCAAAUUAGACUGAACAGAUUUGCCAAAGGCUGUGUUGCUGUUUUGUUUUUGUUUUUUUGAGUGUAAGGCAAACACUGAAGGCAAAUCAUGCUUAAUUAAUUGAAAACAAAAUGAGUAACAACAAAUUCAGUAAUUCACUGGAUCCCCUGCCUGUGCCUUCAACUAACAGUGUGUUCGUUAUAGGGCCGUUCCUUGCUCUUUCUAUUUCCAAGUAAACGUCAGUCCCCACCCCAUUCGCUAAGGCUGGUUGGCUGUGUUUUGGGCCAGUUUGUUAAAGAUGCUUUGUAAUAAGGGUAAGGUUUUUCAAGGGUAACCACUUUCCUCUGUUGUUCACUAACAACAGAAACUUCAAGGGUAGUGGGGCAUUUUCAAAGCUGAAGGAUCACAGUAUUCUCCAGUGACUGUAAACCACUUACGUGUGAAGACCCUAACUAACUCCAUUCAUUCCCUAGCCCUCAACUCUAACCUUAACCAUCAGAACUACAUGCCCAACCUACAUGGCUAAGAACUACACCCUUAUCCAAACUCUGACCUAAGCCUAACUCUAACCUUAAUCCUAAACCCAAAUCAUUUAACUCUAAAAAAUAAACCCUUUAAGAAGUGAGAACCGGCCAAAAUGAUCUCACUCUCAUGGUUAAAAACUCAAAUUUGUCCUCGUAAAUGUAGCUCAACAAGAACACAAUCACAAUCACAAUCACACACACACACACAAACACACACACACACACACAUAACAUCCGAAAUUCCCCAUCAAUGAGAAAGCUGUCUAUAGUACUCUACGGGUGUAAGGAUCAAUUGAUCUAGAUCGAUGUAUUGAUUCAAUGAUAAAUGAUUCAAUAUAAUGCAAAGUGAAAACAUUGAUGUAUAUCAUCAUCUUAAAAGAUAUGCCUAGGAUGUGAAAAUUUAAAGUUCAAUAUCUCUAAACCACUGAGCACACAGAAAGGACAUUGUAAAUCCAAUGUGAUGAAGCAUAGACGUGCAUGGUUCAUGUUCAUAACUGAAAGGGCAUCAAGGACUCUUAAGUUAACCGAUGAAAAACACUUGCACUGAAACAUGAGAAAUCUGGCACUUUAGUGAACAACAGGAGGUCUAUUUUUAUUCUUUUUAUUAAAAAGAAUAGAUUGUUUUCAUUUAAAUGUCUGGAAGAGCUCAGUAAUAAGUGUCAAAUCAUACACUAGUUGCUUUUUGUGAGUUGAUAUAAAUGUAGCCGAUUGUGUUAAAUGGGCAUAUGAUAUCGUCUCAUAUCGCUCACAGGCCCCUGAAUUGAAUCGCAUCAAAAUCAUGUCGUGGCAGACUUUGUGAUAUAAGCAAAUAUUGUAUCGUUAUCCAGAGAAUUGAUAUAAUAUCGCAUUGUGAUGAAACUUGUGAUUUACACCCCUACAGUUCUCUGGACAGCUUUGGCCUGUCUAGAGAACUGGUGAAAGCAGAGAUACUGACAACUUUGCAUUACAUUAAAAAUGUCCCUGUUUACCUGAUGCUUUAUUUAAAUGUUUAAUAUGCCUCACACCGUUUUUUUUUUAUCUGAAUACUUCAGAAAUUACAGUGAAUUAGACGUCAUUGUCAUACGUUUCCAAAUCAUGUUCAUUGCAUUUUAAUUUAUGUAGUGUGUUUAAAUUAUUACACUGUUGUUACAUCUGUAAGUCUGACUACAUGAUAGCAACAAAACAUGUCAAUAA